AUGGCCGCGGUGUUGCAGGGCUCGUGGGCAUGGAAAGUCACUGCCGGGCUUUGCAGUGUCGACGAUGAUGGAUGCGUCGUCAGCACGAACUUCCCCAAGGAGUAUCCCAAUGACGACACCUGCGUCAUCGAGGUCUUACCCGGUGAAAGGAAGUCCUUAGAGGUCUUGGCUUUCUCAACGGAAGCUGGUCGGGACACGGUUUCAGUGAAUGGUAUCGACUUUUCCGGCACGGAAGGGCCGGAGGGCAUGGUACCGGUGGGAUCCAUCUUGUGGCAUUCAGAUGCGAGGAUGGCCAAGGGAAGGGAUCGGGUUGGAAGCUUUGCCUCCGUGAGAAGUCCAACUCCCACGCCAUUCACUGGACCAGAUGCAGCAUUCGAUGGCCACUGGUACGUGUAUGCAGAGACGGAUUUGAUUAACUCUGAUCCUUCCAUCCAGCCGAUGUUUUGGCUAACCAGCCAUAUCUUCACAGCAUCGCCGGCAGCCCGGUAUCUGCACUUCUCCUACCACAUGAGUGGUUACGACACCCAGACUUUGCGGCUUGAAAGCUGGAGCUGGGACAAUGCCUGGCUGAUGACGCAGCUUUGGUCUCGGCAGGGGCCGCAAGGCUCUUCAUGGGGCAUCGCCGUAGUCAGCGUGCCGCCCAACGCAAUUCUUCUGCGGUUCGUCAGUGACAUGCACUAUCUUUUUUUCGGCCAGUUUUUUGGCAUCUGGCGGAGUGAUAUGGCCUUGGACGCCAUCGGCAUCGGUGUGCCGACUGUGGACUUCAAGCAGCUCUCAUGCAAUUUCGACUUCGAUGUGUGCUUGUGGCUCAGCACAGGCAGUUCGACAUGGCAGCGCGUGAAAUCGGAUGGGGCAGACUGGUGGCUCGAAGCUGCAAACACGUCCGAGACCCAGCAGUUCAUCCUGGAGACAUUGGCAGCAUUCAAUAUCACGGAGGAGAAGGCUUUGAUCUUCGACUAUCAGCUCUUUGGCUCAAGCUCGGUCUCAUUGAAACUGGAGCAGAGGACGCCGGAAACGGACUGGCAGAGCCUGUUCACAGAGUCGGGUGGCCGUGAUGCCGCGUGGCGCCCAGCCCUUCUUCGUGUCCCCGCCGGCACGGUGGCCCUCCGCGUGUCAGCUGUCGUAGCUGCAGGGGACGUCGUACGCGUGCGCUCGCUGCAAGCAGUGGAUGUGGUGCCAGGUCUCUCGCAAGUCGCUUGCGGUUUUGAGGCUGAUCUGUGUGGUUGGUCCAUGGCCGGGGGACCGCCAUGGCUACGAGACUCCUCCUCGCUCUGGCCUGGGACUGGACCGCCUUCGGCAUUCGACGGCCAGUGGUACAUCUACGCACCAAUUUGGCAGCCCACCCGGCAAAACUUUGACACGGACUUUGUCCUCGCAAGUCCUGUCUUCGGGCCGGCCACAGCAAGCAGAGAACUCCAUUUUGCGUACCACAUGUACGGGGCGGGCGUGGGGAGCUUACACUUGGAAGGCUGGGCAGCCGGAAACUGGACGCCUUUGUGGACGCGUCGGCGGGAUCAGGACAUUUAUUGGGGCCUGAGCUUCGUCAGUCUCCCAUCGGAUGUUGAGGCCCUGCGCUUCGUCUCUGCCAUAGGAAGCUCUUUCAACGGUUUCCUCGGUGAUGUGGCCCUCGACGCCGUUGGCGUCGGGCUUCCAAGUGUGAGCAUCCAGCGGCUUUCUUGCCACUUCCUGGUCGACAAGUGCCUCUGGAUCGAUUUGGGGGAGACUCCGUUUCAUCUCGUCAUGGAUCAUGCCGAAGCCUGGCUGGUAGCAAAGACGAACUCAACAGAAUCCGAGGAGCACUUCGUGCUCCAGAGCUCAUGGAUCAACAGCCAAAGGGAGGCGAUGUUUAUGAUGGAUUACUGGUUGUCUGGAAGCCGGGCGUCAGUGGCGGUGGAGUGGACAUCGGCUGCACCGGCUGUUGGCUGGCAGAACCUCUAUCUGGACUCUGGUGAUUCUGGAAACUUUUCGCAAGAAGCGAUGUUCAUUAUUCCCGCAAGCGCUGUGGCCCUUCGAGUGUCAGCCAAUGUUACCGCUGGAGACACUGUGGCCGUGCGCACUCUGCGGGCAGUGGAGACGUCGACAAGUUGGUCGGAGAUGGCCUGCAGUUUCGAAGUUGACUUCUGCUCCUGGUCCAACGGCGGCUGGCAGUUCUGGCGUCGAGCAUCAGGACCGACACCUUCGCUGGACACAGGCCCUGAGACGGCGUAUGAGGGCAACUGGUACAUCUACACGGAGUCUGACAACCAGUCUUUUCAGGACUUCCUCCUGGAAGGCUCCUUCCCACCCUCGGCCUCCGAAGACAGAUACCUGCACUUCUCCUACCACAUGCAUGGCCACGACAUCCACUCGCUGCAGCUUGGAAGUUGGAGCUGGCAAGAUGGCUGGAUUCAGCUUUGGUCUCGUCAGUGGCCGCAAGCCGCAUCAUGGGGCGUCGCUUUAGUCAGUGUGCCAGCCAACGCCACAGUGCUACGCUUUGUGGGAAGCACAGGAUUGCUUGCUGAUGGAAAGCGGAACGGUCAUUGGACAGGCGACAUUUCCUUGGACGCCAUCGGCACCGGUGUGCCGACUGUGGACUUCAAGCAGCUCUCAUGCAAUUUCGAGUUCGAUGUGUGCUUGUGGCUCAGCACAGGCAGUUCGACGUGGCAGCGCGUGAAAUCGGAUGGGGCAGACUGGUGGCUCGAAGCUGCAAACACGUCCGAGACCCUGCAGUUCAUCCUGGAGACACUGGCAGCGUUCAACAUCACGGCGGAGAAGGCUUUGAUCUUCGACUAUCAGCUCUUCGGCUCAAGCUCGGUCUCGUUGAAAGUGGAGCAGAGGACGCCGGAAACGGACUGGCAGAGCCUGUUCACAGAGGCGGGUGGCCGUGAUGCCACGUGGCGCCCAGCCCUUCUUCGUGUCCCCGCCGGCACGGUGGCCCUCCGCGUGUCAGCCGUCGUAGCUGCAGGGGAUGUCGUACGCUUGCGCUCGUUGCAAGCAGUGGAUGUGGUGCCAGGUCUCUCGAGCGUACGGUGCACCUUCCAGAGAGAUGAUCUCUGUGGCUGGUCCUCCAGCGGAUCUCCUCAGUGGCUGCGAGACUCGUCGUCUUUUUGGACUUAUACCGGCAUUGGGCCUCAGCGUGUGGAUGGCGAGUGGUACGUACACACGCCAGCCGUGCUGCUCACAGCAGAGAACGAGAACAGUAUCAUUCAGUCCUCAUACAGAACAAAUGAGGACUUCGUCCUUUUGAGUCCGGUCUUCGGCACCUCGUCAGUAGCCAGGUAUCUCUAUUUUGUGUUCGUGAUGUACCACCAGAAUUAUGGGAGCCUGCGUCUGGAAAGCUGGAGCAAUAACAUGUGGACAGAGCUGUGGGCGAGUGAGCAAGGUGUCACUUUCUGGUCAUGGCGGCUUGUAAAGAUACCGCCGGAGGCUGAGGCCUUGCGCUUCGUUGGGGUCACUGGUCUCGAAAUCGCGAGUGAUGUGGCCCUGGGCCAAAUCAAAGCGGAGCUCCCAAAUGCAUUUCGCGCCGAUUCACUCGAUUGCAACUUCGAGUGGGAUGGCUACUGUUUUUGGCAUGACGCAGGGGUUGCUGCCACAUGGCGGCGUACCCAAGGGCGCGCCCAAAGCGCGUGUCAGGUGACAGCUGAAAACGCACAUCAGGGGGACUGGUGGCUCGAAGUUUCAGGGAAUGGUUCCCAAGCAUCUUUCAUCUGGGAGACUGUGCCUUUUUGGGAUACUGGCAUGCUAACCGAGAUGAAGGCCCUGGAAUUUGGGUAUCAGCUGGUGGGUUCGGCGUCAUUGGAGGUGGAGAAGAAGACCGCAGCAGGGUGGCAGAGCCUUUUCCUACAGUCGGCGGGCGGCGACGUCACGUGGCGCACGGGCUACGCCAUUGUGCCUGCAGGUGCUAUGGGCAUACGUUUCGUGGCUCGAACAACGGCCUUGCAGGAUGUUGUGAAACUCGACGAUAUCUUUCUGGACAACGCCACAUCCUCUGUCGCGCGAUUGGAGGAUGUCAGCUGUGACUUUGAGGACCCCCUGUUUUGCGGAUGGUCGGGCUGGAGGGGUGACUGGCGCUGGCGCCACCAAAGCGGUCCCACGGCAGACAGAGUUCAGUUCAACACGACAGGCCCCGAGAUGGCCUUCCGGGAGGACUUCUACGUUUACACCGACUUCCGAGAUUCCCUCAGUGAUGCAGUCUUCCAGAGUCCAAGCUUCCCGAGACUGGCCCGGGAGUGCUACCUCGAGUUCGCGUGCCAUAUGCUCGGGGGUGGUAUUGGGGACCUGAAGCUGCAAUACCUCGCAGGAGGCACUUGGUGGACCCUCUGGUCCCGAACAGGCUCCCAGGGUCCAGACUGGUUUCUGGCCAAGGUGACGCUCCCGAUUGGCACGGAGAUGCUGCGCUUCAUUACGUCCAACACCGUGAACACCGAUUCCAACAUGGCCCUAGACGCACUAGUUGCCUGGCAGCCGGAAUUCUCCUCACGCUUCCUGUCUCUCGCAUCCGGUGGCUACCACACUUGCGCGCUCCACAAAGCCUCUGGCGAAGUGAAGUGCUGGGGCCAAGGGCACAAUGGGGCUGUUGGCUAUGGUCGCAAUGAAUCGGUGGGCACAGGCCCUGAGCAAAUGGGCGCAUGGCUGCCACCUGUGGACCUGGGGCAGGGUGUCUGGGUCACGCAGAUAGCCUGUGGCUACCAUCAUACCUGCGCCGUGCUUGAAGGAAGGGGCUUGAAGUGCUGGGGAUUGAAUCUAGCUGGACAACUGGGCCAAGGCCACACCAGGAACAUCGGGGAAUCGCCAAACCAGAUGGGAGAGAACCUGCCUGUGGUGAACCUGGGGAGCGAUGCAGAGAUCAAGCAGGUCGUCGGUGGCUUCAGUCACACCUGCGUUCUGCUUGAUGGCGGGAUUGUGAAGUGUUUCGGACUUGCUGCUGGUUAUGGAGAUCAGCUCUUUCGUGGCGUGGGUCCGGGCCAGAUGGGGGAGGACCUCCCUGCCAUCCACCUCGGAACGGACUUCGACACAGUGCAGCUGACGGCAGGCGAAGCGCACACUUGUGCAUUGUCCCGCCAGGGUACUGUGAAGUGCUGGGGAGUUUUCGAUCACCGCCUCGGACUCACUUUCAUUGGGAGAGGGGCGGAACAGAUGGGCAUGCAAGCUGAUAGCAUGGGAGACAACCUGCCUGUCCUGGAUUUGGCACCCGCGGUGCAGAUUGAUGCCGGGUGGGCGCACACUUGCGCCUUGCUGGCGAAUGGCUUCGUGCGGUGUUGGGGCUCAAACAUUCUCGGGGAGCUGGGCCAGGGCGGCACAGAAAGCAUGGGUGAUGAGCCAGGAGAGAUGGGUGACAGCCUUCCCUUCACACAGCUGGGAGAUGGUGUGAUGGCCGUUCGGGUUGUGACUGGCACCAAGCACGGUUGCGCUCUGCUGCAAGACGCAUCGAUUAAAUGCUGGGGCUGGGGUGUGCACGGCCAGCUUGGCCAGGGCAGCACCGAAGCUCUUGGCGACGAGCCAGCGGAGAUGGGCAAUGCGCUGCGCUCCAUCAACCUGGCUGACCGCAGAGUGCUGGACUUGAGUGCUGGGUUUGCCCACACCUGCGUGCUGCUGGACGAUGACAGCACGCGGUGCUGGGGCUCCAACGCUCAGGGCGAGUUGGGCAUCGGAACGAGGACCAACGUCGGCUCGAUACCGGGUCAGAUGGGCGCAGCGCUGUUAAGCACAGAGCUCUUCCUUGUGAUGCCGGGCACGGGGCUUGAAGGUCUCGUCUUGACGGGCAGUGGCGGUCUCCGCAUCCAGCACAAUGGCUCUCUUGGCCUCGUCUGCGACGACGGCUUCGAUGAGGCCGCUGCGCGUAUCGCCUGUCGGGAUUUGGGCAUGGCCGGGGGUGUUGCCUUUUCAAGCGCUGUUGAAACUGGCGAUAUCUUCGUAGACAACGUGAGGUGCCUGGGCAGCGAGGUAAGCCUGCGACAGUGCCGUUUCCGAGGGUGGCAUUUGCACGACUGCACCCCGCAAGAAGCUGUAGGACUCCGGUGUGAGAUGGAUGCAUGGAGCGACUACACAGUUGCUGGCCCUGCUGAGCGGCAGGACCACUCCAUGGUCUGGGACCAGGAGACGCAGUCCGCGGUGAUGUUUGGUGGCCAUGCCUCCAGUGCUUUUCUCUACUACGCUGACCUUUGGAUUUACCACUGGAAUCUGAGAACCUGGACGCAGAUCCUUGCUCAGAACCAAGGUCCCGGCACCAGAUCAGGCCACGUGGCCGUUUGGGACGCAGUGUCAAAAUCCAUGGUGGUUUUCGCAGGAAAGUACCUGGGCGCCUUCUAUCAGGACAUCUGGCGCUUUUAUCUCGAGACCAGCUUCUGGGCCCAGUUGUCUGUGACGGAAGUCCCCCCAGCCCGUGCUUACCCUUCGGCCAUCUGGGAUGACGAAGCACGCGCCAUGAUCGUGUACGCUGGGGAGAACAGCGCAGUCCUCAACGAUCUCCAGCGCUUCAGCUUGGACCAAGAAUCAUGGACAACCUUGGCAGAGGGGCCAGGGGCUCGAAGCAGGCACACCGCCGUGUGGGAUGCAAUGACAAAGUCCAUGCUUGUCUUUGGCGGGUGGAGUGGACAGCAGUACUUGGCCGAACUGCACCGGUAUGAUGCCUGGGCGAAUACCUGGGAACCACUUCCUGUCCAAGGCUCAGGAUUCUGGCCCAAUCCUCGUGGCGGGCACUCUGCCGCUUGGGACCCCGUGUCAAUGAGCAUGCUUCUUUUCGGCGGCAUCCAGAACACAACCUCGGCCCUCAGCUACGAUGCCAGACUCUUCAACUACACCCUUCUGACCGGCAAAUGGACGGAGGAGGGCCUGCAAGCCUCAGUCCCAGGUCCGAAAGGCCGCACCGGCCAGUCCGCCGUCUGGGACCGCGAGUCUCGGGGAUUCAUCUCUUUUGGUGGCUUCGACUCCUCCUAUUUGGGAGAAACCUGGCGUUACGUGGUGAGCCAGACGCAGCCUCCUUUGCUGCUGAGGUGUCAUCUGGGCCAAGAGUGCGCACCUGCUCAAAAUGACAGCAUAUUGGCUUCGGCGACUGUAAAGCAUGUUUGUUCCAAUCCCCAGGCUCUAGACUGGGCCCACGACGACCCGGGCGACUUAGAAAAUCACUCAGAGGCAUCGCCCCUCUUCAUCGAGCCAGGACACCACCGUUUCUGCGGUUGCGAUGCAAACUGCAGCCAUGCAGUGGACUUUCAAAUUGACCUGGGCCACUUCAUCGUGGAGGGGCCCUACCUCAACCAGUCCGCCCAGUGCGACCUGGGCUCCGUGUGCGUCAUCUCCGAAUGGCGUGGAGUGGGCAUCACAGUGGACGACCGCAUUCUCCUACAAGAACAGUGCAGGACCAAAGCAGCAUCUGCCCAUCAGCGCAGCGCCGACAUCUCCUUCAACGAGUCCAUGAGCUGGUUCGAGCUGCAUUUGGGCUUCUUGGACCCCGAGAUCGGACCCCGGGUGGUGGAGCUUUGCUGGCCCUGUGCCUCCGCAGAGGAGUUUUUGGCCACGGCGCUGCGGCUGCGCCUCGUUUGCCCUCCUGGCGAGUAUGAGGUCUCGGAGGCAUGCCAGGUCUGUCCGGUGGAUCACUACUGUCCCGGAGGUGAGCAGCUGAAUCCCUGCCCGGCGGACAGCACGGCCCUGGCCGGCUCAAGUGAGCUCAGCGACUGCAAAUGCCUACUGGGGCUCUACUGGGAUGCCGGCGCCUGCCAAAUAUGCCCUGCAGGAUCGACGACCUCCGCCGUAGGAGCUACAGCCUUGACGUCCUGCACAUGCAUGCCGGGCUAUGUCAACAGCCGACCUGACCAGCCUUCGGCGUGUGAGCAGUGUGGCCUCGGAUUCUUCUGCAUGGGUGGUACGCACAAGCAGCCCUGCGCAGCCUCUCAGACCACCACCGAGGGUCCCACAGCUGGUAAUCAAUCCCAGUGCGUUUGCAUGGCGGGCACCUUCCCUCAGGACGAUGGACAUUGUGUUCCCUGUGCGGUUGGCUAUUUCAAGGACCGCAGUGGCAAUGUGCCUUGCUCUAAGUGCGGUCCGGGAACGUUCAGCAACGCCACGGGGGCCACCAAUGAAUGCGAAUGCAGUUAUGGCUAUGGUUACGAAGAUGCAGAGGCUGGCUGCGCAGCCUGCCCAGCAGGUGAGUACAAAGCGAAUGUGGGGAAUCUCCGUUGCGACAGGUGCUCUGUUGACAAGAUAUCGAUGGAGGCUGCUACCUCGGUGCUCGACUGCCUGUGCCGGCCGGGGACGACAGCGGAAGGUGAUGGCUGCCGUGAUUGCUCACCGGGUUUCUUUUGCAACAAUGGCGAGGAGCUGCGCUGCACUGUGGGCUCAAAUUCAUCUGCUGGCUCAAGCGACGAGCUGGACUGCCUCUGCUUAGAAGGGCACUACAGCCUGCAGUCUGUCUCGGGGUUUAGCUGUGAACCGUGCCAAGCCGGGCGCUACAAGCCCACAACUGCCAAUCAGCCAAUCUGUCCCUCUCAAUGCCCUACAAACUCCGACAGCCCAAGCGCAUCCACGAGCCUGUCAAACUGCUCUUGCAUAGCUGGGUUCUAUGCAGAGCUUGAUGAAGCAGGCUUGUUGGUACGCUGUGCCAGUUGCGUUUCCUUCACUCACCUGAGCUGCUUCGGCGGAUUUUACGAGCAGACAGAUCGUCACCGCCUUCCCGUCGCACGACCCGGCUAUUUCCAAACGGCCCCUACAACCGCCAUCAAGUGCAACGUCGUUAUGGACGAUGGCGUCAGCGCUUGCCUGGGAGGCGGUUCGUGUGCAGAAGGUAGUGGGGCACAGGAAUGCAUGGGGAAGUAUGACAAUGCCUGUGCGGAAGGCUCCACUGGCUUCCUUUGUGGCGAGUGCCCGCCUGGUUGGGCGAGGAACUACUGGAAAGAGCCCUGCAGGUUAUGCAUGCCAGCCAGCUUGCCACUGAUCUGGUCAGUUCUUUUCGAUGUCGGCACGAAGGUGGUCCUAAACUUCGUCGUCACAUCUUUGGCGGCCACGGCAGCAGUCCGCGGCAGUGGCAAGCUACAUGCCAUAAUGAUCCGCAUUGCUACACAGUGGUUGGCUGCCUGCUCGGUCGUCGCGACCUUGGAUCUGGACCAGAUGUCGCCUUUGCAAAUACGGGACCUUGAUGGCCCUGAAGGGGAAGCCGGCUUGUUUGCAUGGCCGGUGGAGGUGACUGUCGCAAUGCUGCGGUUGUUCGAGUUUCUAACGUUGACGCCUGUUCUCACCACCGUCGACCUGGAUGCCCAAUGCUUCUCGCAAGAGUUUUCUCAGAACCCAGCCGCACCACGCAUCGCCCUCGGCAUUUACUACCUCGCUCUGCCCUUGCUAGUGAUGCUGGGCUCAGUCCUGCUAUCAUGGGCAGCCGUGCGAUUGCUGGUCCCGGUGGCAAACCGAGUAGGAUUUUCCUUCAGUGAGGCUGGGCGUCGGCGUCAGAAGCGGACCAAGGCUCUGAAGCGGUUGCUCGAGGGCAUCCAAGUCGAGCUGCACCAUGCCCAAGUAGACCUAUCCUGGAAGGACCUUGAGGACUCGGGGGCACUCUUCGUCCCCCUAGCAGAGCUGGAGAUUGCUGCAGCAGAGCCGGGCGCCUUCUUGCGCAGGGCGGUGGUGGACUCCCCGCCUUUGCUUCUUCGCGCCUGCGCGCUACGCGCCAAGGCCACCGGGGCCGACCUCCAGGCAACAGAACUGGAUCUUCCUGUGGCUACGGGGUUGGCCACUGGAGCCUCUGACUUUGCCGGCCUGCUCGACCAAGUGCUGGCCUCCAAUAAUCCCCCAAUCACCGACAAAGUGGUCAUUCACGACCCCAUCGAGGAUGCUAUCACUGAUCACGACUUCGAACUCCAGGACAAGGACCCGAUCGCCGAAGAUCCUAUCACUGAUCCCGACUUCGAGAUCCAGGACUCGAUCGCCGAGGAUGCUAUCACUGAUCACGACUUCGAGAUUCAGGACAAGGACCAGAAAGAGGAGCUGCCGCCGUCCCAACCAACCGAAAGCCUGGUGCGGACGUCCACAGUUGAUCUGCGAGCCAGUCGGGCAGCACAGCUGGACAUGGACCUUGAUGUCGACGAGGCCAUGGACAGCUUGGACUUUGGGCUUUUCUCGCCCAAUGCUUCCUUUGGCGAGCUGCUGUAUCAGUGCCUCCCCGUCGUGUGGGUGGCUGUCGUCUCACUGUGGCCUGGGCUGCUGUCCAGCUUCCUGCGCAUGAUCUGGUGUGUUCCCAUUUGGGAGGAGGAUGUGGUCAGCCGCAGCCGCCUCCGCCUCCUCCCCAAUCCAGAUGUAGUCUGCUGGUCCGACGAGCACUUCCCCUCCGCCGCCCUCGCUGUCUCUGGCCUCGUGGUGUGGUGUGUGGGCAUCCCACUCGUCUUGGCCGCAAAGCUGAGCUUGGAGGACCGCACGUCUCCGGACAAGCACAGGCGCUACGGCUUCUUUUUCCAGGGCCUCGAGCCGCAGUACUGGUGGUGGGACAUACUUGUGAAGAGGGCGGACGUCGGCUUGAUGAUGCUCGUCACCUACACCUCCGUCGUCCGUGAGCCGGAAGCCAAGGUACUACUCUUUCCCCUCCUCUCGGGUCUCCAGGCUUUGCUGGCUGCAUGGGUCAAGCCCUACGCGAACGACCAGGCUCAGGUCCUGGACGUCGUGGAUGUGAUGCUGUCCACCAUCCGCUUUCUGCUCUUCGGCGCAGUGGCUGCCAUGCUCAUUUUGAACACUGACUCCUUCACCACCCGCAUGGUAGCUUACAUACUCUUUUUGGUACUGCUGCUGGCGUGCAUCUACUUCUUCGCCCACCUUGCUUCUCAGAUGCUGCGGGAUGCAGUGGUGUCUCCGCCCAAGCGAGCAAAGUCGGCGGCGAUGAGACUGCUGGAUGCAGCCGAACGCUUUGCCCUCAAGCUCCUCCUGCCUCUUUUUCGAGAGGAGGCCGAGGUGGAGAUGCUGAGGCUCACCUGGUCUUUUGGAGCCAAUUAUAUCAGAACCAGCAAGCGCCCUCGAAGCUUCAGACGAUCAUUCCGGGACAUGGGCUCCAACAUGCUGCUUGGCUUUCAGCAGGUGCGAGACAUAGUACUUCGCACCGGGCCGCAGUUCCAGCACUUGGUGCUCUACAAUGCCAACGAGGAGUUCGCGGCUUUCUGGCUACAGCAGCUGAAUCAGGAUGAGCUACCCGGCCCUGCAGUCAUAUGCUCCUUGGCAACGGCUCAUGCGGGGCUUCCGGCCCUGCUCGCCCGAAAUCGUAUGUGCGGCUUGUGGAUGCAGCAGCUGAAUGCCUUGACCAGCCAAGAAGGGCCCUUCACCUGCACCCCAGCAGACUUGCAGCGGGCCAUUCGGCGCAUGAGCCAGAUGCCACCGGAGGAUGCCAUGGAGUUGGUUCAACAUGCCAUGAGCCUUUUUGCAGAACAAGCCGUUGUUGAACAAGCCUGGGUCGAAGACUGCCUCGAACUGUGA